AUGUCCAAGAUAGUAAGGUCUAUGAAGAAUGUUGUAGGGGGUUACUCAUCAGCACAAGUGUUGGUGAGAAAUGCGACUUCAAACGAUGCUACGGGACCAACAACUUACGAUAUGGAGGAAAUAGCUUCGUGCACCUAUCAAUCUCAAACCGAGUUUAUGGAGGUUAUGGACAUGCUAGAUCGUCGUCUUAACGAUAAGGGAAAGAAUUGGAGACAUAUUGCCAAAUCAUUGACGGUUUUGGAUUAUUUGGUUAGAUUCGGUUCCGAAAAGUGUGUGUUAUGGGCCAAGGAUAACAUCUACAUUGUGAAAACAUUGAGGGAGUUUAUCCAUCUUGACGAGGUGGACAAAGAUCAGGGUGCAAUCAUCAGAGUCAAAGCAAAGGAGUUGGUAUCGUUAUUGAGAGAUGAUGAGAGAUUAAAGCACGAGCGUGCAUUAGCCAAACGUGGAAGACGUACUGGAACAUUUGAUGAUGAUGAUGAUGAUGAUGAUGAGGAUGGUUUCGGUGGUGAUCGUAGAGAAAGGAGAAGGGAAAGAAGAAGAGAUAGAGGUGGUGAUGAACCUUACGAUGUCGACUUGCAAAAAGCAUUGGAAUUGUCAAGAUUAACAGCAGAGGAAGAUCAGCUUCGUGCUAGAGAAGCCGAGAACGACCCUGAAUUAGAAGCGGCAAUUAAACUUUCAUUAGAGGAAGAGGAAUUGAGAAAGCAAAAUCAAAAUGCCAACUUGUUAGACUUGAACGAAGACCAGCAGCAACCACAACAAUACUUCUUGACCGGAUAUUAUCAACAACAACAACCACAACAACAAGUUUUCCAACAACCAACCCAGCAAUUCCAACAGUACGAUAUGUUUGGAAAUCCAAUUCAGCACCCUAUGGAGACGGGGCUUUACCCAAACCAAUUCGAGCAACAGCAGCAACCUCAGUACCAACCUAAUCAAUUCACCGGUUUCAACUAUGGACAACCUCAGCAGCAGGAACAGUUGCAACCGUUGAAAACAGGUUCGAAUAAUCCAUUUGCACUUGGAUCGGACUCUGGAAAUAACCAGUCCAAGUCCCAAUCACAAACGUUAAAUGCGUUAGCUGAACAAAAGACACAGGAGCAACAGACACAGGAGCAGUAUCAACAACAAUACCAACAACAACAACAACAACAACAACAGCAGCAGCAGCAGCAACAGCACGCUCAAUUAUACACUCAACCAACCGCUCCAUUGAAACAGCAAAACACGUCGGGAUCUAGGUUCAACGAGAGCCACGAGUUGAAUGAUCUUUUAACACAAGGAACAGGCUUGGACACUUUUGGAAACACCGGUGCUACACGUAUUCCCCAUCAACACACGAGAACUCAAAACUUCAUCAAUUCAAGUGGAACUGGUUAUAAACAGGUUGGUAAUGACCAACAUAGAGUCAGUUCGAAUGCUACAGGAAAUCCAUUUUUGAACACUGGUAUCGGCUACCAACAACAACAGGCUGCACCUCAACAGCAACAACAACAGCAGCAGCAGCAGCAAAUUAACACUGCGUAUACUGGUUACGGUUUUGGUAAUGCUCAGCCACAGCAGUACCAAAAACAGUCAAAUGGAGAGGGCCCGAGCUUGAUAGAUAUUUGA